AUUAUUAUAUAGAAACUCCUGUAUCCUUCAAACCUUUGGUACCAUACCAAAUCUAUGCAUCAGCACCCUUCAAGCCUUGCUUAUCUUUCCGCUGACUAAUGCGAGGCAUCAGUUAUAUGAGGAAGCGAAGCAUCCAGAGAAACGCUCUACUUCAUAUUCGCAAAGCAAAGUUUCUAUUGCCUGUCUUCUCCAUCGAUCGAUCCGGAGACCAUCUACACACCAAUGGCUUCUUCAUGUUCUUCAUACGAGAAGUAUGAGAUCAGGAAGAGAGACCCCAACCCCAGAUCCUCCGUCCUCUUAGUGAUUGACAUGCAGAACUACUUCUCCUCCAUGGCGAAGCCCUUACUCCCAGCCAUCACCAAAACCAUCGACCUCUGCCACCGCGCCUCCAUCCCCGUAAUCUUCACGCGCCACAGCCACAAGUCACCCGCCGACUACGCCAUGCUCGGCGAGUGGUGGAACAACGAUCUCAUCCUCGACGGAACCAAAGACGCCGAGCUGAUGCCGGAGAUUUCUGCGCUCAAGGCCCCCGGCGACACCGUGAUCGAGAAGAACACGUACAGCGCGUUCCAGGGCACGCGCCUGGCGGAGGAGCUGGCGGCGCGUGGGGCGAGCGAGGUCAUUGUGACCGGGGUGAUGACGAAUCUCUGCUGUGAGACGACGGCGAGAGAUGCCUUUGUGAAGGGUUUUCGGGUUUUCUUCUCGACGGACUCGACGGCGACGUCGGCGGCGGAUUUGCACGACGCCACCCUUAAGAACUUGGCUUAUGGGUUUGCUUAUUUGGUCGACUGCGAGAGGCUUCAAAAGGGUUUAUUUGGGAAUUAGGUUUAUCGUUAACCUGGAAACUUUGUACCUCUGUUCGGUAUGUUACUGUUUGUGCGUAAGAUUAUAUGAGUUUGAGAUUUGAUUAUGUGAAAUUAGUGUUGAAAUGUUGCUUUAAUCGGACUGCUUGUAAGGUUUCCCAUUUCCCUAAAAUGGGGCUAUGGUUGGGUUUCAAAUCUUGUAAUCGUUCUGCGUGAUAAAAGUAUAUAGUUCAUAUUUGGAUUUUCUGA